GCCGAAAUUGCCAUUCACUUCCACUCACUUGAUCAUGAUGCCCGAAAUCAGUCUUCAGCAGAAUUGAUUGCAGCUCCAAUUCUUCUUCCUGCAAAACUCAAUAAUCAGAAAUCAAAGCAGAAGCAGGGGUAUCCAUCAAAAUGCUGCAGAAUCUGUUUUGGAUAAUUACGUCCCUUCAUCCAUCUCUAGAGUGCCAUUAGAACACCCUGUCCAGGCGCAUAGCACCACAAAGGUUUAGAUUUCCCUUUUUUGGUUUGUGGAAAUUUUCUGGUUUUAUCCAAAUAAAGAAUGCAGAGAGCUAGUUCAAAGAAAUUCCUAGCUCUCUGCAGAAAAUGGCCGUUACCCCUUUUCUCAUUUCAUGAACCAUCAAAAAGUCGUCAUUUUUCUACCUAUUCCCAUCUGGGUUCAGCCCAAAACUCGGUAAAAUCCAGUUCUUGGAAAGAAAGUGGAAGGGUUUCGAGUGAAGCAAUAAAAGGGCAUGACUUAAUUCGCCUCAGUUCUGAACCAGAAAGCUCAAUGGACAGUAAAAGGCAUGAUGAAUUUUCUGCUGAUGUUGAAAAGAUUUAUAAAAUUUUGAGAAAAUUUCAUACUAGAGCCCCGAAAUUGGAACUUGCCUUGAAAGAAUCAGGCGUUGUUGUAAGAUCAGGAUUGACCGAAAGAGUUUUGAACCGUUGUGGUGAUGCUGGAAACUUAGGAUAUAGUUUCUUUGUGUGGGCGUCGAAACAGCCGGGUUAUAGGCAUAGUUAUGAUGUGUAUAAGGCAAUGAUCAGGAUUAUGGGGAAAAUGAGACAAUUUGGAGCUGUUUGGGCUCUUAUUGAGGAGAUGAGGAAGGAGAAUCCUCAGCUGUUAUCGCCUGAGAUGUUUGUUGUUCUGAUGCGGAGAUUUGCCUCUGCAAAGCUGGUCAAGAAAGCUAUUGAAGUUUUGGAUGAGAUGCCAAAAUACGGGUGUGAACCAGAUGAGUAUGUUUUUGGAUGUUUGUUGGAUGCUUUGUGCAAGAAUAGCAGUGUUAAAGAAGCUGCAUUGCUUUUCGACGAUAUGAGGAUGAGAUUUAAGCCGACAAUUAAGCAUUUUACUUCACUGUUAUAUGGUUGGUGUAGGGAAGGGAAGCUUAUGGAGGCAAAACAUGUAUUGGGGAAAAUGAAGGAAGCAGGGUUUGAACCUGACAUUGUGGUCUACAACAAUUUGCUUAAUGGAUAUGCAGUGGCUGGGAAAAUGGUAGAUGCAUUUGAUCUAUUGCAAGAGAUGAAGAGGAAGGGUUGUGAACCCAACGCAACAUCAUUUACUGUUGUGAUUCAGGCCCUUUGUGCUCAGGAAAAGAUGGAUGAAGCAAUCCGAAUCUUAAGCGAUAUGGAAAGGAGUGGGUGUGAGGCUGAUGUGGUGACAUAUACUACCAUGAUAAGUGGAUUUUGUAAGUGGGGUAAGAUAAAUAAGGGGUAUGAGCUUUUGGAUAGCAUGAUACAGAAGGGGCUCACUCCUACUCAGACUACGUAUUUGCACAUCAUGUUGGCUCAUGAGAAGAAGGAAGAGCUGGAGGAGUGUAUGCAACUUGUGGAAGAGAUGCAGAAGAUUGGUUUAGUUCCUGACGUCAGCAUUUACAAUACUUUAAUCCGAUUGUCUUGCAAGUUGGGGGAGAUUAAAGAAUGUAUUAGAUUUUGGAAUCAGAUUGAAGUGAAUGGGAUAAGUCCAGGGGUUGACUCUUUUGUCAUUAUGAUAAAUGGCUUAGUGGAGCAAGGGUGUCUGGUGGAAGCAUGUAAUUACUUUAAAGAUAUGAUCUUGAGAGGUCUGCUGUCUGCUCCUCAAUAUGGUACCCUUAAGGAUCUAUUAAAUUCUCUGCUUAGAGCUGAUAAGGUUGAAAUGGCUAAAGAUGUCUGGAGUUGCAUUAUGACUAAAGGAUGUGAACUCAACACAUAUGCGUGGACAAUUUGGAUUCAUGCACUCUUCUCAAAGGGGCAUGUGAAGGAAGCUUGUUCUUACUGUUUGGAUAUGAUGGAUAGUGGCGUGAUGCCUCAGCCAGACACCUUUGCCAAGCUAAUGCGUGGUUUGAGGAAGCUGUACAACAGGCAACUUGCUGCUGAAAUCACAGAGAAGGUGAGGAAAAUGGCUGCUGAGAGACAGAUGACCUUUAAGAUGUAUAAACGGCGUGGUGAAAGAGACUUGAAAGAGAAAGCUAAGGCAAAAAAGGAUGGGAGAAAAAGGCGAGCUCGUCGACGUCAGUGGGGCAAGGCCCAAAAUGAAGCUAGCAUUUAGUGAUAUAAGUUUAAUAAGGGGCAUACUACAGAUUCGAUAUGCUUGAGCUGUAGCAUCAAAUAUCCAAGUGCAAGCAUCGAAAUCAGAGUCCAUGGAAUAGCAUCGUACUGUUCUUCGAUGCAACAAUAGAAUCAGAGAUUACUGGGCAAGUGUGCGCUUGAUUUUCUCGGAGAGUUGAAUGAAGACAUAGAGAGAGAGCACAGUAUGACAUACUAGAAUUGGCAGUGGAUAUGUCAUUGGUCUCAUUAGGGUCAAGCCAGACCUUUCCUCUUCCACACUUGAGAAUGCUGGCUGCUAGCCUCUUCUGCAGCCUCAGCGACACCAUUUCUGCCGGUUGAUUGAAAAACUUUUGCUGCUCCUAUGUGUUUGUUGCCAAGAUCAGGGGCUAUACAGAAGUAGAUGAAUGCGCUGUGGCUGAGGAUAUAAGCUUCUUUGCUGCUGGUUCUAUGUAAAGUCUUUUGACUUGAAUAAAAGCUUGCUGAGUAUUCGUAGUUCUGUUAUGAUGGUUGUUCUUCUUUCGACCUUUAUAUAGAUGUCAGAAAAGUAUACAUGCUAAUGUAGUUUUAGGCAUUUGGUGAAGCAGCAAGCAUCAAAGAAUCGAACCACAAUUGUUCUUGCUAGUUUUUCUUGGAAGCCAAGGAGGAAUUUAAUAUUCUGGAGGAUUUUUCAAAAUUUGGUAGAAUUCUUUAGUGUUCUUUUUCUUGGGGCCAAAGGCAUUGGAGGGCUUGAAAAUGAGUAAUGUAGAUGGACAUGAUCCAGAAGAUUGUUUCCGUA